UUCAAGAACCAUGAAAAGAUUUUCUCCUCGUAAAACAAUUCCAUUAUUUAUUACCUUAAUCUUCACAUAAUCAACCCGAAUGGUAUUACAAGAGUUGGUAUUGAUGUCUAAAAGUUCUCCGACCUCGCAAGCUCCAAAGCCUCCGAGUUUUGAGGAGAUUUUGUCGGAUCUUCAGAGCUCGAGUUCAGAAGACGUGGCUUUYGAACAUCCAAGUGAAGUUUGUCCAGAAGUGAGGAAACUUAAAGGGAAUUCCUUCCAUUCGAACAGUGAMAGAGAAAAUACGAAACAUGAAUCUCAAGCAAGCUACCUACCAACACAAAACACGGGCAUUACAACUGGUGAAGACUUGAACAGAGGACAAGAUGAUGAUAAAUAUAAAUAUGUAACAGAAUUUCUAUCGAACUAUCAGUCAUUAGUUAAAUCAUCAACUUCCCUCAAGGAAUUAGGAAAAGAACUUGAGAAUGACAGACAUGAACUUGAGAAAAAGAUAGAGCUUGUUGAAGAAUCAUGGAAAAUUCUUCAGGAGUGAAAAAAAGAUAUGGGAUACUAGUGGUAAUUAAAUCUUUUUUAAAUAGUUUUUUUUGUCCCGCUUUUGAUGUCUUCACUUGCACAAGUUUUGUGAGCCAAUUUUUUAAACAUUUAUUUUACAGAUAUUUUUAUUUGUAAACUCUAGUUUGACUUACMGUAGCUGACAUUGAGCACUUUAUUUAUGAUUCUCUUGCUUGGGAGACUGAGCUUGCAAUCACUCUCUACAAUGCAAAACUUGUGCAUAGGAGCAUUUGACAGUACCCAGGGGUGGACCUAGGGGAGGGGUGCAGAGGGAGCACCACCCCCCCCUAGAUGAGCUGAUAUCUACUGUUUUAUUGGUGUUUGAGUUUGUAAGCAAAGCGUACACCCCCCUAGAAAAAAUCCUGGAUCUGCCCCUGGUACUACAGUAUGUAGCUAGACACACAUUGAGGACAUAUAAUUUUAUUCAACAUAUACUUUUUUUUGUUUAUCCAAUAUUAUAUAUUUUUGAGCUUUUUUUGAGUGGUGAUCCUAGAAAUCUUGGGUCUUUCAAGUUGCAACUAUUUAAAUACCAUAACAUUAUGUUAAAAAUGCUAAAAUAUUCAAAACAUAUGCUGAAAAUUAUUUAUUGUGAAUCAUUCAUUCAUCUUUAAUUGAUAAUGAGUGACUGUGACCAUAGUAUAGAUACAAUUUAAUAACUUCCCAAGAGAUUUUAUAACAUAUAUCAUGGAAAUAAAUUAUACGUAGGUCUAUUUGCAAGUGAUUUGUAUGUGGGGAUUCAUGAAAAAGUAUUAAAAAAUUGUACUCAA